AUGAGCUUCGCGACCUUCAAGGUCUCCACGACGCUUGAUCAGAUAGUUGUCGGAGUACUGAUGAUCAAGCGUGUAUAUGCGAUAUACGAGCGCCGUAAAUCUGUUCUGUAUGGACUUACGACGCUCGUGGCUAUUGAAAUCGCUAUUGCGGCUUGGUUUAUCUUCGGCCAUCUAUCGGUAGUUUGGAUAACCGCGAUGGCCUUCGACCUCUUGAUCUUCGCCUUGACGGCGUACAAGACAGUCUCAGGCGUAUGGCAGCGCGGCAUGCCGCUUACGCGGCUUCUGAUAAGAGAUGUCAAUGUCGCGAACGUGUUGACCUACUAUGCCUACUUCCGAGGCAUGUUCGGGGCGCUUGUCAACAGUAUCUGUGUCGCCCUUGCAUCGCGCAUGAUGCUCAACCUUCACCAUGAAGCGCACUCUACAGCGGAUCCAUCAUCCAUCCAGCUUACCACACUAGCCAUCGCUUUACCAAUAUACGAUGCGCAUGCAGAGGUGGAGAGAAUCGAAUCCGAAUCCCUCGAAGGGGUGCCACGCCGAUAUCGUGCUUCCGGUAAGGCUCAAGCGGGCGCGAAGACCUCCCAAGCUCUGAUCUGGCUUCUUCAGUGUAGCGCUACGGCGGCCAAAGGGUUAGGUCUUCCGGUGAGCGCUGGCGGCGUAGUGGGGGUCGACGAGGCGAGCGUUGUUGAGUUGCCGAACCGGCCCUCAAGUCCGGACUUGACUGGUCAGUGCUCCGCGUUGCACUUGCCUACUUCUAUCGACAAGGCGCCUUCAGAGCUCACACGUCUUUGCCAUACGCCAUUCUCCCGCCGUGGCUGCGACACUUAUGACGCUUGCCGCCUUCCAACGAUCAAACAGAUCAGGGAUAGUGCCCAUGUGAUCCUCCGCGACGUGGGCUGGGUGAUACUUGCUGUGGCUGCGUCCUUCGUACUGACGGCGCUGUACUAUCUGACCGGUUGUUGCAUUGACCGUCAUUACGAGAAGAAGGAGAAGAAGGAGAGAAAGAGACUAGCUCGCUUGGAGAAGCGCUCCAGAGGGGGAGGAAGCUCCGGCUCGAGCAAUACCCUAGUCUCGCAUCAAGGUGCUCCUCUCACUGUCCCAGCGCCAGCUAUGGCUACGUCGCAGGAGGUAUGGCACAACAUCCUCUAUUUCCUCCUCGGGAUACUUAUCUCUGUAUCCGUCUACAAGCUAGCAGCUACCUUCGAGGACUCCAAGCUAUACCCCUGGAAGGCGUCGGGGCCCAUUCUUCCCCUGCACAAUGCGAACGCUCACAGCAUCGCCCUCGUCCCUUUGAUGAGCGGGAAUUCCGCUUCCGCGCCAUCCUCGUCGGCCAUCCCUCCGAGCGAGAAGGCGCCUCCGCCGCGUGGAACCUUUUCCCUGGCGAACUCUUCGAGUACGAGCGAUUAUACCCAAUUUGUCCUUUUCUUCGCCAUCUGUCCGCCGGCGCUCCAGUCACCGCUCUCUGAGGCGCCGAUGGGCAUGCCGGCGCAAAUGAAGCUUGCUGGCCUUGCUAUCAUGUCGUUUCUUCAGGGAGUCUACUUUGCGCUCGUCCUGGCUAUGUUCUAUCUUCUUUCUCGCCGCGUCACCCCGAUGACGAGGGGGAGGUCAGGAAAGUCCUCAGAUCGGCAACUUGUGGCUGGUCUGGUGAUCCUGACCGUGGUCGCUACCGGGCAUUGGGUUUGCUUGGUCAUCCGCGCCUUCGAGGCCUUCAUCUUUUGGGAAGACGGUCAACACGCGGAUAUUUACUACGCGGAGACGUCGACGGCAGUUACUGUCGCAAGGUCCGCCUUCCAUGGUGCGACCGCUGUCGUCGCGGACAUGUUCGUUAUAGCUCGGAUGUAUGUCAUCUGGGAAUAUCGCAAGUGGGUCGUCGUCUUUCCGUCGGUCGCCCUCCUCGGCCAGCUGAUCUCAGUCUCUGGGCUUGCGCAUUCAUAUUCCGUAUACGACUCCGCCUUUUACUUCACGCUCGUAUCCAUGCACCAGUGGAGAGUAGCGGUCUGCGUCUCUACCUUAUGCGUGAACAUCUAUUGUACAGUCAUGGUAGUCUGGCGCGCGGCACACGUCCGCUACCAGCGAGCCGAGUACGCGUCCAGCCCAUCGGUCAUGUCUGCGGCUAUCCUCAUCGCCGAGAGCGCGGCCUUCUACACCUGCUCCGUCCUCAUCUCCCAGAUCGCCUACACCACCGGGCACAUCUCCAACUACUUCUUUACCGACACGGUCCCCUUCGUCGCCGCCCUCUCCGCCGUGCUCGUGCACGCGCGCGCCAUCCUCGUGAAGGGCCGCGUCGUCGACGACGGGAAGGAGAGGGUCGUGCACACGCGCGCGGCCGUGACGCCUGCGGGGAGGUGGCGAGGGUGCGAUAGCAUCAGCGUCGACACUGCAGUCGAUGUGGAGGGAGUCGAGGAGAGCGGCCGCUACAGCCCUCUGCAGAUCCGCGUCGGGGGACCGCAGGAGCCAACGGCCGAAAUCGCGGAGAUCUCGCGCGUGCCGAGCGCUCUGACCCGGGGGUGUAUGCAUUCCGGCAACCGAUAG